AUGACCAGCUGCACGGGCAUCCGCAAGCCAGACAAAUGGACCCCGUCACUACACGGCUGCUGGAGAGACAACCAGGCUCCUCGGGUCAAUCCUAGCCCCUGGGAGUUGAAACCUGCCCAGUGGGGCGACCCGACGGAGCCUGGGGUGAGACACUACUCAUUUGUGAGAGAACAGUGUGGCUGUGUGGCAGGCGGUGACAGAGCACGCCCCUUCCACUCUGGGAUACCCCACCCUCUCCCUCAUCUUCAGGUCAAAGGUCAAGGGUACAGACGAAGGCGGACUGUCAAGUACAUAUCGGUGGAUGAGGAGGAAGGCUGUGCGUGUGCUCCUAAUGGCUAUCAUUUGGAGCUGCGCCAUCCCCAGUCGGGUCAUUCGCACUUGACAAAUGGCCACUGUGGACCAAGGCGUGUGGUCUUUAAGGGAGAGGAGGAAAGAGAUUGCUAUCUGGACCAGGGGAGGCCAAAGGGUGGAUCAGAGGACCACUUUAACGGCUACGCUGAGUCUGAUAAGGGCUUCUUUCCGACUGAAGUCCCUCAGAAGCACUUGAGCCAAAGGAGACAUAGGGGAUCUGACAUCACCUGCUCGGAAACCUCCAAAACAACAACCAACAAUGAUCUCCACAGUGAAGAAUCAGAAGUGACGAGGCAAAGGGGGCGGCAGGACUUGGUGAGGGAUCAAAUCCGACAAGUCGUAGCAGAUCUGGAGGAAGUGUUGGGGGGUCUGAAGCAAGUUCACGUGGAGAUGAAAGAGGUGGUUGAGCAGAUUGAUCGCCUCACAGCAAAUAUCGACCUCAGCGAAGAGGAGCCGUGCAUCACUCUGGAGUCAUCAAAUAACCUUCACGAUUCAGCGUCUUCAGGGGACUUCAGGUUAUCCCCUCUACCCGCUCGCAAGCCUAGCUGCUGGUCCGGGUAUCGUCGCACUGCGCUGUCGAAGACCACGUCGUAUUCAGAACCAACUCCGUCUCUCCCGUCCACAUGGCAUCCGUCGUCAAAACGAGCCACUUCACCCCACCCAGUCUCCAGAAAGGUGUCAGUCACAAAAAGCCGAGCGCAAACGGCCACCUGCCUCACCUGAAACUCGCAGGAGAUUCAAACCACAAUGGCCCAAUUUGUCCCGAACCUUACCCACACACCCUUGACCCGACAGUCAUCAUAGGCAACAGCACUUCCAGUGCAAGAACUCAAAAGCCGCCACCUUACCCUCAAAAUGGCCGGUGUGGGAAGGGCCCAUACCCGCCACUGAAGCCCAUUAGGACCCCUGCCUACCCUUCUAGAGGACGCCAGAGCACCAGCAUGGUGUAAAGGAGGCGGGGGGUGGGUGGUUGGUGGAAGACCCCCACUGGCACAGGAGGCCCAGCCAUGGAGAGCAGAGCUCAGAAAGGGACAAGGCAGGGGAACAAUUCACAAUGCUGCUGAAACAAGCUGGUGGAAACGGAGCACGGCCUGAAGGUGGAGAUGUUUUCACAGGGAAAAACUGCCCCGAAGUCGAGCGUUGACCUAAUGCUGUCGAAUGAGAGCAUGAGGCUCUCAAAUCUCUCUCAAAAAUUUACCUGGAGACGAAUAGCUAGUACAAACAGAAAUUAAACGCAACACAUCCAUCAACUGAAACAAAAAGAUGUAUUUUCAUGAUAGAAUUUAUUUAUUUUUACUGUUUUCAUCCCCCAAAGAUCUAUUUUCAUGCAGUUUCCAGUAAGGAUGUUGCUUGAAUUAGUGUACUAUAAAAAAAGAUGUCAUCUAUAUAGCUAUUUUCUUAUAUGAGACUGUUUUUCUUUCUGCUACAGGAAUUUGAAGAGCAGAGACUGAAUUGCAAUAAAAUGAGAUUUCCUGCACUUUUGCUACACAAAUCAGACAUCUCACUUAUUUUAAAAAUACAUAAUUGAUUAUUGAAUGUCUCAUGUUUGCAAAUCAAAUAAACAGAUGGCACCAGCAUUACAUCA